AGUACCAUGAUAAAAGAAAAAGGGUUCCAGAAAAAGUUUUAUCUUCCUCCUUCGGAAAAGAUCAGAUAGAAAUUAUAAGCAAAAGAGAAAGACACACCUUUGAAGGAUCAGAAAUUGGAAGCUUUUCAUCUUAUCUUCCUUGUGCCCUCUCCUCCUUCUUCUUCAGCGACCUGUAGUUGAGCUGUUUCUGGUCUGGAGAAUGGUCUAAAGAACAAGUCCUGCAUGGCGAACCAUAGAGUUGGAGAGACCGGUUUGACUGACUCGGGAACUUUGAAUCACCAUCAUACUAUCCCUUAUGCAGUUCUUCAUGGAAUGAAUGUUCCCACAAGUUUCAUCCAUCAAGAAGGCUCCUCCUUUGAUUUCGGAGAGCUAGAAGAAGCAAUCGUAUUGCAAGGAAUCAAAAUUCAAAACAAUGAAGCUAAACCACCUUUAUUCACACCAGGCAGACCAGCAGCUACACUGGAGAUGUUCCCUUCUUGGCCAAUGAGAUUUCAACAAACCCCAAGAGGAAGUUCAAAAUCAGGAGGGGAAAGUACUGAUUCAGGUUCAGCAGUGAAUACAAUCUCCAGCAAAACUGAGAACCAGCUUGAACCGGAAUCUCCAAUCAGUAGUACUAAAAAGACAGCUCCUUUGGAUCAACAACAGCAAAAACAGCAGGAGAUGGCGAGUGAAAUCUCAAGAACCGGAACAUCACAGGAUCAAUCAAUUGCAAAACUACCCCAAGAAAAGAGAAGGGGUUCAACUUCUGAGAAACAGCUUGAUGCUAAGACACUGAGACGUUUAGCACAGAACAGAGAAGCCGCAAGGAAAAGCCGUCUUAGAAAAAAGGCUUAUGUUCAACAACUAGAAUCAAGUAGAAUAAAGCUAACCCAACUGGAGCAAGAUCUUCAGAGAGCACGAUCUCAGGGACUUUUCUUGGGAGGUUGUACUGGUGCUGUUGGAAAUAUCAGCUCCGGGGCUGCAAUCUUCGACAUGGAGUACUCGAGAUGGUUAGAAGAUGAUCAGAGGCACAUGUUGGAGCUUAGAACUGGACUAAAUGCACACCUUUCCGACAGCGACCUUCGGAUAAUCGUAGACAGUUACAUCUCACAUUACGAUGAGAUUUUCCGGUUGAAGGUCGCCGCUGCAAAAGCCGACGUCUUCCACCUUAUAACCGGCAUGUGGACGACUCCGGCCGAACGCUGCUUCCUUUGGAUGGGAGGUUUCAGGCCUUCCGAGCUCAUCAAGAUGUUAAUAUCUCAAUUAGAUCCAUUGACUGAACAGCAAGUGAUGGGGAUCUAUAGCCUCCAGCAUUCUUCACAACAGGCGGAAGAGGCACUCACGCAAGGCCUCGAACAGCUCCAGCAGUCGCUGACCGACACCAUUGCCGGUGGUCCGGUCGUUGACGGAAUGCAACAAAUGGCUGUUGCCUUAGGCAAGCUUGCCAAUCUUGAAGGCUUCGUUCGCCAGGCUGACAAUUUAAGACAGCAAACCCUUCAGCAGUUGUCUCGAAUAUUGACGGUCCGACAAGCGGCUCGGUGUUUUCUGAUGAUCGGAGAGUACUACGGACGUUUACGAGCACUCAGUUCCCUUUGGGCGUCUCGUCCUCGAGAGAGCAUGAUGAGUGAUGAUCAUUCGUGCCAAACAACAACAGACUUGCAAAUGGUCCAACCCUCACAGAAUCAUUUCUUAAACUUCUGAUAAAAAAAGGAAAGAAAGAAAGAAUUCCCAGUAUGUUCCAGCAAUCAGAAUCCUGCGUUUUCCACGAUGAAGCUGCCAUGCAAAAUAUUAUAUAUAUUAUUGGAUUUUAUUAUGCUACUCGAGUUAGAGGAUUUCUUAGGGCUUUAUUUUGCUUUGCUUUUUUUUCUCUCUUUAGUUUAUUAUUAUUAUUAACUUUAUCAUUGUAAAUGAGAAAAAAAAAUCAAUUUUAAUGUGCACCAGGGAGCUAGCUUUCUCCUUCCUUUGAAAGAAA